AUGACCGGACUGGAAAUGAACCGAUUUAAAUCUAUCCAUUAUGCAGCAUCGAGUCUUGCUGACCUUGACGGAUGGCCAGCACUAGAUGAAGGACCACCAACAUCCGAAGAUUUUAAUAAACUAGUUGAUUUUUCAAAAGUUGCAGAUGCUCCUCUUACUAUUCUUGAUCAGGAUUAUGAGAUUACAAAUUGUGAUGACGAAGGAGAAUUUUGUAAUUGGAGUUGUACUCAAUGUGUUAGACCGACUGAUGUUUUAUCAUGUCCAAACAAAAGAGAUUAUACCAGCGAUCUUGUCGACUUCCUUGAUUCACAAGGAUUAAAGGCUACAUUUUUUAUUGUUGGUUCGAGAGUGGUAGAACUUCAUACUUGGUCUCAUCCAAUGUUAACAUCUAUAAGUAAUGAAGAAGUUAUAGCAGAAUUACAAUGGACAGCUAAAAUAAUUAAUGAAACUGUUGGAUUAGUUCCUAAAUAUAUGCGUCCGCCAUAUGGUGAUUUUGAUGAUAGAAUUCGCGAUAUUUGUGCACAACUUGGUUAUAUUAUUACAAUAUGGGAUAGAAAUACUAAUGAUUGGAUGAUAGGUGAUGAUACACCAGAUUUUAAUAUUCAAUGGGUACCCGGUAAUUUUACGCAAUGGGUAAAAGAGAAUUCUAAUACUGGACAUAUUUCACUUGAACAUGAUAUAUAUGAACAAUCUGCUGCUCAAGGUCCAAAAGUUGUUCCUAUAUUACAAAAAGCAAAUUUUAACGUCAAACCAGUAGCUAGUUGUUUGGGUGAUAAAAAUCCUUACAUGAAUCGUAUUAUACCUACAGCUACUGGAAUAACUGGAACUUUAACUUCUGGAACUGGUAAACCUUCUGGAUCUAGUAAACCUUCCAGAGCUAGUAGUAAUCCUUCAUCCACUAGUCAAACUGCUUCUACUUCUAAGCCUUCAAAUUUGGGUUCACCUACCCCAAUGUCUUCUUCAGAAAGAAUUAAUUAUAAUAAUUGGUUAAUUAUAUUGGGACUUAUUGAAUUGAUUUCAAAUAAUUUUUCAUGA